AUGGUAUUUGGUAAAGAUAAUCCCGUUCCAGAAAGUGUUGAUGUUACCUUGACUGAUUCUGAUAAUGAAGAUGGAGUUCUAGGCGUUUCAGAAAGUGUUGAAGCUCCUCAAAAUGUUCAGGCUUCCAAGGCUGGUGUUAAGAUAGAUGAUCCAGUUUUAAAGGUGUUUAAUGGCCAAGAGGUGGAGGUUUGGUCACGUGUUGUGUGGAAGCCAAAAUGGGCUGUUACAUUUUCUGAUGUUAAAAGGAAAGUCAAAGGAAACAACAACUCUGUUUCAUAA